GUCUGUCGCUCGGUGACCUCAUGCCGCGUAUGUGGCGUCUGAUCGCACGCUGUGGCGAUGUCAGAGCGUGGGUGCGUAUUGUGCUCGACUCGAAACCUAGCUGGCAAAUCGACCCUCACGCCUCCCAUUUACUUCAGUUGUUCACUGCGUCUGCCAGCAAUCUUCUCAGCAUCUUAGACGAUGUGGAGUUGUUCGAAUUGCAAAAAUCAUUCACUCUGGAUGAACUCUGCUCGAUUGGCACCUUCUUCAAUCACCUCAUCUACGAAACCACUCUGGCCGUUCCAGAUCCCUCCACCUUGAUCGAGAGCCGGACUCCUCGCGGUUGCGUAACCAAAUCUAAGCCAUCUACCACUCCAGAGAAAGUAGACACCAGUAUUCCGAACGGAACAACAGACUCACCCUGUCUGUUCAGCUUGUGCCUCCGUCUCCUGUCAAUAGUCCGUGAACGGGACAACCGACAUCCGUUUACCGACCCAGCUUUUUGGCUCAUCCCGUAA